AUUUUGCAGCACAUCAAAAACAUCCAUUUUAAAACAAAGGAAGGAGAUGAAGUUUACUUUAAUGAAAAUGGAGACCCUGCAGCAAAGUAUGAAAUAAUAAACUGGCAGCCUACAAAAAGUGGCAUUGUUGACUUUGUUACAGUGCCUGUGUCAGUUUGCAGUGAGAAGUGUCCUCCAGGAACUCGCAAGGUUCUCCAGAAAGGAAAGCCUGUCUGCUGCUAUGACUGUAUAAGAUGUGCAGAGGGAGAAAUAAGCAAUAUAACAGAUUCUAUCACAUGUGUGCAAUGCCACCCUGAGUUCUGGUCAAAUCAGAGAAGAGAUGCCUGUGUAAAGAAGGAGGCAGAGUUUCUGUCUUAUGAGGAGAUAAUGGGAGUGCUGCUCACUGCUGCAUCAUUUUUUGGAACAUGCAUCACUGCUGUUGUGGCCUUCAUUUUCUUCAGAUACAGGAGAACUCCGAUUGUCAGGGCCAACAACUCUGAGCUGAGCUUCCUGCUGCUCUUCUCCUUGACUCUGUGUUUCCUGUGUUCUCUGACCUUCAUCGGUCGGCCCUCUGAGUGGUCCUGCAUGCUGCGACACACAGCUUUCGGCAUCACCUUUGUUCUCUGUAUCUCAUGUGUUCUGGGGAAAACUAUAGUGGUGUUAAUGGCCUUCAGGGCAACACUUC